UUUCAAUUUGCAUUGCGCGUGUGUAUCGAGCUAAAUCUUGGUGGUCGCCUGGCCACUGAUUGGAAACAAAUGCUUGUUUACAAGGUGAAUUUUGGUACUUUAUCUAAUUAAAAAAUAUAUACCAAUAGAGGGGAGUGUCGUAGUAGUAUUUAGCGAUGAUGGACCGUCCUUCUGUUGAUCAAAUGACGAAAGAAUCCUUCUACAAUGACGCAAAAGAAUACUGGCAAAAUAUCCCAUCGACGGUAGACGGAAUGCUGGGUGGCUUCGGCAAAAUCUCCGGCGAGGACAUCAACGGUUCGCUGAAUUUUAUCAAGCCAUUCCUCACGGGUGCCUGGGCUGAGAGGGUAGGAUCAAACCGAGCUCUUGACUGUGGCUGUGGCAUCGGACGGAUCACCAAGCAUCUACUGUUACCACUCUUCCAGCAAGUGGAUAUGGUAGAACAGACACAGAAGUUUUUAGACGAGGCGGAUCUGUUUAUCGGAGAAGGAGCCAGUCGGGUGGGACAGAAGAUAUGCUCCGGUCUCCAGCACUUCAAGCCUCGUUUGGAGCACUAUGACGUGAUCUGGUGCCAGUGGGUCCUGGGUCACCUCACGGAUGAACACUUGGUGGAUUUCCUGAAGAGAGCGAAAACAGGACUCACAGAAAAUGGAAUCAUCUGCGUCAAGGAGAAUAUUGCCAAGUCUGGGGUGGUGUUUGACGACCAGGACAGCAGUGUAACAAGGUCCAAAGCAGAAUUGAAGAAGAUCUUUGCACUGGCAGGGCUGACCAUUUUGAAGGAAGCUGACCAGAAACGAUUUCCGUUGGGUUUGUUCGCUGUGAGGAUGUAUGCCUUGAGAUGAUUGAUGAAUAUUCCUUUUUAUAUAGACCAACUUAACAAGACCCAUUAACAAGAAAACAUUUGUAUAUUUUUUUGUACAGUACCAUUAAAGUUUUUUGUGUGUGGAUUAACCUCAAACAAAAGAGUGAAGGUUUGAAACCUGACUUGGCAUAACCAUUAAUAUACAUAUCAAGUUGUAACUGGUAAUAAUUGUGGUUAUGGUACCAACAGGUCUUUUUAUGAGGAUAAUACAAACUUUUUUUAUUUUAUUUUUUUUACUUUAUGUUUUUAUGAAAUCUAUUUGUCAAGUUUGUCAUAUCUGUGCAGGUAAGGUUAUUUGGGGGUAUAGCCUAUAUACAUUUUUCAUAAAGUUCAGCAUGACUUGACAAAUUACUGGGGACUCAUUUUUGUGCUUAAUCCCCCUAAGUCUCCCCAUUUCAACAAAACAGACUGCAUUUUGUGAAAAAAAUUUAAAAGUAUUUAAUAAUCCAUCCAAAUUCUUGUUGAAAAUGAGAAUUUUGAUCUUCAAAGAUCAGAUUUUUACUGUAGGGAAAUCAUGAUGAUUCUGAAACCCUAACUCAACAAACUGCAAUUACAAUUAUGCAUAAUUGUACAUACAAUUAUGCAUAAUUUCAUGCUUAGCUAAUUAGCUUCCAGUUAUGAAACGACAUAAAGAGAUGUAAUUGUACAACCCACCAAGAUAACAGUUGAAACCUGUGACAUGCUCACAGUGAUUCAACAAGUAUCUGUUUCUGCCGUCCAUGCUUCUAUACAUGUAACUCACACGUGUGUAAUCCUCUUGACAGUAAAAAAAAAAGAAAUUAUUGCUUAUCUGAGUAGAAUGUAAUUUUGAGGUAUCAAGUUGCACCUCUGCUAUUUACUUUCACUGCAUGUUACAUUUUUUUUAAAUUAUGAUUUUUUAAAAACACUUUCCUUUCCUUUAUUUUAAAAAGCAUGAUCUUUUAAUACAUGUACUUCUACAAUGUAUCCCUUCAUAGUUAUUCUUAAAAAAAAAAAUUCCACUUUCAUAUUGCACUUGAUAAAUCAGAAAAUUUUCUGUUAUCGCUCUACAAAUCUAUGCAUUAUUACCAGGGUCAUCGCAUCCUGGCUUGCCCGCACAGAAUGUACAUGUAUCUUCUCCACUCCCUGGGGAGCAUUCCAACAAGAGUUUCCAAAAUCAAUCCAGGCAUAUUGGCUUCUGCAUUUUUAUUGGAUACCCAUUGAACACCUGGGUUGAGAGUGGCAAUAUGUGAAUUGACAUUUGCUAAGAAUUUGAAUACACGGCCCUUUGUUUAUAAGCAAAAGUAAAAAAAAUUACAUGUGUACAUCCAGAAUCUUCUCAGUUCCUUUGGAAUUUUUAUAAAAGGAAAGGAAUUCUAUGCUUGAAAAACAUCAUUACUACUUUUCUACCUUUGAUGCCAAAGCUAAAUCUAAAGUAUUGUUUUAAAAAUAUAUUUUGAUAAUUAAUAUGAUUAUGAUAUGAUAGGAUAUGUUUAUUAUUAAUGUGGCAAGAAAUCACAUUGUUUCAAUUUACAGUGAUUUUUAUGAGUACGAUAUUGGAUGUUUUAAAUGUAUACAUGUAAUGUAGAUUUAGGAUAAAUGAUGAACUGUUCAUGUACAUGAAGUAUAAUCUCCAUUUAUGGAGCUGUGACUUAAUAGACCACUCAAAUCCUCAGGCUUUCCAUGUAUAGCCAGGCGCCUUAAUAGACCAUUCAAACCACAGAAUUCCAUGUACAUGUAUAGCCAGGCGCCUUAGACCACUCGGCCACUGUAACUUGAUUUUGAUUGGUUGCUCUGCCCGACAUUUAAAGGCUAAUUACCAUAUGAUGAUAUUUUUCAGGUUGCAAUCAUCAGACAGUAUUCCCUUAUGAAAUAAUGAGGCUCGGCCGUCCCUGGGGGCCGUUUCUUAAAGCUGUUUGUAAGUUACGAGCGACUUUAAGAACGCCUGGUGAACCUUUCUUGCACGCUAAAUAAUCACCAAUGAACAUUUAAUGGUGAAUAUCACUUACCACAAGAAAGGAUCACCAGAUUCACUUGUACUGUAGGAACAGCUUUAUGAAAUGGUCCCCUGGUCUAGCAAGGGUGUCAUGAUGUAUCGUUUCUACCAAUAGUAUUUUUUAUACAAGUUGGCCCAGAAAUUGAAUACUUGAUUAAAUGACAAUUAUGCUUCCAUCCAUUCUUAUUAUGAAAUCCAUUUAGUUCCUUUUAAUUG